AUGGAAAUGAGCAUCCCAUUCAGUGCAAGUCUGAGGAGGCAGUGGAGAAGAAGAGGUUACAACAGAUUGUCACCUACAAACAGAAGAAACCUCAAAGUAGCCAGGCUCGGAGCCGGCAGGAAUCGCUCAUGGCGCCUCAGGCUCGCUCCGAAGCUGCGCCUCAUCAGGCUGGCUGCUUCGCCCUUCAAACUCUGGUACAAACUCAAAAACGCUUACAUCAACAUGAUGCUGAGGUUCGCCGCCAGCGCCGGCUACUCCAACACCUCCAGUGUGUUCGGCGCGAAGAGGAUCCCGAAAGCUCGCGGCGCGCCCAUGGCCUAUUCGAGGACUGAGUUUGAGAACAGGCUGGUUUUUGAGAUAUACAAGUCCGUGGUGGCUUCUCUCGAGCUGGGUUACAGCAGCCAACACUUGUCAUGA